AUGCCCUUCUUCACCGCGCCGCAGGCUCUGCGCCUGCGCAACCUCCAGCCCACUGCCUCCGAUUUUGUCACCAUGGCAUCGCGAUCCUACAACCACGCUGACAAUGGAGGCUUUGUGCACGUCUUCAAAAACAAGCACACCUCGCAUCCUGACUUUGCCAAUCUUACCCUGCUGGUAUUCGAGGCUGUCAUGGAAGUCGUCUGCGUCAGUCUGCCUGGCUACGUGGUGGCAAGAAUGGGCCAGUUCGAUGCAGAGAACCAAAAGUUUCUGGCCAAUUUGAACACACAGCUCUUUACCCCAUGUCUUAUCUUCACAAAGCUGGCCUCGCAAUUGACGGCAGAAAAGCUGGCUGACCUAGCUGUCAUUCCCGUCAUCUUCAUCGUGCAGACGCUCAUCUCCUACUGCGCAGCGCUGAUUGUAUCCCGUCUUUUUGGCUUCAAGAAGCGCGCAUCCAACUUCGUGGUCGCCAUGGCGGUAUUCGGAAACUCAAAUUCACUUCCCAUCUCUCUCGUCAUCUCGCUCUCAAAAACACUCUCCGGUCUGCACUGGGAUAAAGUCCCCGGUGACAAUGACAGCGAAGUCGGCGCACGCGGUAUUCUCUACCUCUUGAUCUUCCAACAACUCGGCCAGUUGGUCAGGUGGACCUGGGGCUUCAAUGUGCUUUUGGCGCCUGCAGACACGUAUAGGGAAGAGGAUGGCGGCAAGAACAGGGCACUGGAGAGCGGCGAAUACAACGAGGAAGAGGUCCAGCACCUGCUACUGGAUGAUUCACAUUCCGACUACGAAUCAGGCAAUGUCACAAGCUACGCUACCUCUGCAGACUCGAGUGAAUCUAGUUCGCUUUUUGAUCGCGAGGACGCUCAGGCCACGACCGAUUUUAUUACACCAACCAAUGGCAAUGCUCUCAUACGAAGAACAGGCGACAUGAACCCAGAGACCAAUGGCAGCCUUGCGAAUGGAGCUCUGAAGGGUGCCCUGGAAGCACACCAGAAUAAACAGAUACCCAAGGGUAUCAAAGGAUGGCCAGUACGAACCAAGCUGGCGCUCGGAAAUGCCACCAAGACCGUCUCGCGUAGCUGUUCUCGUGCUGGUAAUCGCGUUUUCCAGGCAUUACCUACGUGGAUGCAAAAGGUCCUGGCUCGGAUCGGUGCAGCCAUGUUCCGAUUCUUCAAAGGCGUCUGGGCCUUUAUGAACCCCCCGCUAUGGGCCAUGCUGAUGGCUAUCAUUGUGGCGUCGGUUCCUGCGCUGCAACAUUUGUUCUUCGAUCCAGGCACUUUUGUGAGUAACUCGGUCACCCGUGCUGUGGCGCAAAGCGGGCAGGUCGCCGUCCCGCUCAUUUUGGUAGUCCUGGGAGCCAAUCUUGCCCGCAAUACUCUGCCAAAGGAAGAUCAGCAUUCCAUGGAGGAUCCCAAAGUGGAGAAGAAGCUUGUCAUUGCUUCGCUCAUCAGCCGCAUGCUUAUCCCCACCCUUCUGAUGGCCCCUUUGCUGGCCUUGACUGCCAAGUAUGUUCCAGUCAGUAUUCUGGACGAUCCCAUCUUCAUCAUCGUUUGCUUCCUCCUCAGUGGCGCUCCAACGGCGCUCCAGCUGGCUCAGAUUUGCCAGAUCAACAAUGUGUACAUGGGUGCCAUGUCCAAGAUCUUGUUCCAGAGUUACGUUGUAUGGAUCCUGCCGUCAACAUUGCUGUUGGUCAUGCUUGCAUUGGAGACUGUGGAAUGGGCACAAUGA